AUGGGCACCAAUCAGCUGCAACUUCCCCCUCAAAACCGGUACAUCACCACGCAUAACGCUUAUGGCAAGGCAGUUUUUUCAAAUCGGUUGCCAGAAGCCAUGCCAAACCAAGUUUUCAACGGGGUACCGUUCAGCUUAGCUUACACGUCCAGCGAAUUCCCUGUCCAACUGUCCGCAGACGCCGAUCUCGGGAAAUACGAAGCCAACCUAUCCACCCCUCCUGGUCUGGUUAUUUCCACUGGGAGCGUUUGUCGGAUUGUCGAUUUUGCUCCCCAUGUUGAGAGUCCAAUGCACCGCACUGUAUCUUUGGACUACGGUGUUGUCUUGGAAGGGGAAGUAGAGCUUUCAUUAGACAGUGGAGAAAGGAGGAUUUUGAAGAGGGGCGACGUUGCAAUUCAGCGAGCUACAAGCCACGCUUGGAAGAAUGUAACCCCUGAUAGCGGGUGUGCCAGAAUGCUCUAUGUGCUUAUUCCUUGUCGGCCUGUUCAUGUAGAAGGCUUGGGGUUGCUUGGCGAAGCGGUUGAUGGUAUCGGUGUUAAGGCCAGCGAAUGA